AUGAGAUCAAUAUUAGAGAUUUACAACUCAACACAUCAUGAAACAAAUAGACGGACAACAGACAGACGUCAACUUCUGAAGUUAAAAGCUGAUUUGAAGAAAGAGACACUACAAUACCUAGAGUAUGUUCGUAAAUCGAAAGAGGCCGAGAAAGAGUAUGAAAAAGAAAUAAACAGGAUAAUCGAUGAACAUAUUGCUAAACAGCAUAAAAUUAUGCAUGAUAAAGAACUGAAAAUUAGAACAGCCAGGGAGAAUUUAAAAAAUGAAGUGACUGAAGUGUGCAGACAACAAAUAAUGGAGAAAAAGAGAAGACAUGAUGAAGAGAAAGCAGAACGUGUUAAUGAAGCGAAGAAACUCAGUGAAUUAAUUGAACAAAUAAAAGUAGACUCCGAAAAUGAACUACAUCAAAGACGUCAAAAUAUCGAAACAUAUCGUGAAGCACUGGAACAACAGAUUGCUGAUCAACGACUACGAUACCAGCAACUUGUAGCUGAUAGACAGCGUGAAUUUGAAGAACAGAGGCAAGCGGAGGCUGAAAUCACUGAGCUUAUGGAUCAAAUUGCCCAUUCCAAUGAAACUGACUAUAAUAGACAUCCAUGGCAGAAACUUUCGGCAAACAACCAUGCAGAUAUACCAGUGUGGGAUGGUAAACUGACAAUCUCUAAAUUCGCCACUGCAAGAUACUGAUUAGGUCUAGAAAAUUACUGUAAAAAUACUUUUUUUUUAAAAAAUAUCCUGAUUGUUGUUACCAAUGGCUGCGAAUGCAGAAUCAUGUUAU